UUCUCUGUCUGAAGGCUGAAGCAGCAGAGCAGAUGGACAUUCCGAUCAGCUGGACGCUGCUGUGAACCUGCAAGACCGGAUGUCGGCUAAGAGCCUAAAUCUGCAGUAGAGUCGAUGUGACAGACAUGAAGAACUUGGACCAGUAUGGACGAAGGUACCUGGAGAGUCUGGUCUGUGCAGGUCUGCCCAGUCUAAUGUUGGUUCUACUGGGACUGAUGGACUCGGUCCACGGCUGUCCUGGUGUCUGCACCUGUUAUGGUAACACCACUGACUGCUCCGCUCUAGGUCUUCUCUCUCUGACACCCAUCCUAGCACUGUUGGACCAUGACUCUCAGAUCCUCCGUCUACCCCAGAACAACCUCUCCUCUUUGGGAAGAACUGAGCUGUCCAACCUCAGCAACCUGGAGCUCCUAGAUCUUUCCCAGAACCACUUUUCCGCCCUGCAGCCUGGAGCUUUCUCAGGGCUGAGCGGCCUGCGCUGGCUCAACCUCUCUGCUAAUUACCUUGGGGUGCACCUGGCAGCCAUUGACCCCAACAACAACACAGAGAUCCUCCAGGGUUUAAAUGGAAGUCAAGGGAACAUUGGUCUAAACAAGGAGGUUUUCCAGGGGCUGUGGCGGCUGCGAGGGCUUGACCUGUCUUCCAAUGGCCUCCUGUGGCUGCCCAAGGGCCUGCUGGAUGCACUUCCGAGACUCACCUGGCUGUCCUUGGCCAGCAACCGGCUGGUGGCCCUUGACAGGGUCACCUUCGAGCCUCUGGUGGGGCUACAGCAGCUCCAGCUGGCGGGAAAUCCCUGGGAGUGCGACUGCAAGCUAAGGGACUUCAAACACUGGAUGGAGUGGUUGAUUUACAGGGAUGGGCAGGUAGAUGCAAUGCAGUGCAGUCUCCCAGGGGAUUUGAAGGGCAGGGACAUCCGCAGCGUGCCAGCAGAGAUGUUCAGCUACUGCCUGCAGAGUCCGACCAAAGAGGGUGCGUCAGGUUAUGCCACCCGACCUCCUUGCCCACCCGGCCGGGUCAGCAGCAACGACGAAUGUGUUCGCCAACGCUACCGGCCAGUCAGUGUCCGCCGAGCGCACGGAACGCAAAUAGUUGCAGGUGUGAUUUGUGGCACAGUUUGUGUCAUGAUGGUAGUUGCAGCAACUUACGGUUGCGUCUACGCUUCGCUCAUGGCGCGGUACCAAAGGGAGAUGAAGAACCGCGGCCAGCCUCUAAUGGCCGAGUCAGGUGCCGAGACGGACCUGGAGGACGGACAAAUGUCAUCCUCGACCUCAGCAGAAGAGACACCGCCCAAAGAGACCUGCGGCAUUGUGCAUGGGUAUCGAAUCAGCAGCUUCUGACCCACUGCUUGUUACUGAUUUUAGAUCCUUCCAGGAUGCUCUGGCUGCUUCUGCUCCUCAGCUCUCUUCACUGAUGAGACAACGUCUGGAGAGAGAAACCCUGCAGCUCUGCGAUUGUGCUGGAAAUCUCUGGGCAGGGACUGAUUGUACAGCUAAUGGAGCGAACUAGAUUCAGUGAAAAUGGAAUGCUGCAGCACUUCUUUUAAUGUAUGGAUGCUCUGUGAAUUGUUAUUCCCCGCGCUGCAUCUCUCAGCCAGCUUUUGAACUCCUCUGAAGCUGCUGUUUGGCACUUCUGCACCUUGACUUCUCUUCAUCCGUGUUUUGGUUUCUUCUUUAUAAAUAUAAAAUUACCUUUUUGUUUUAGCCGUCUGUCUUUGUAUCUCAGCCUAACAAGCACAAGCUCCAAAAGUACAAAAGUCUGUGACUCUGUGAACAAUUCUCCUGUUGUUUGCUGCGCAAAAUUUCUGUUUUUUGGAUCAGUUAUGUGUAUUUUAUGUUAUCUUUAACAUCCCCAUUUUUAGAAAUAGUUCUUUGUUCCUCUGAUAGGUGAAUGCCCUGUUGAAUUGCCUCCAAAAACAGACAUUUUAAACCACGUUAGAGUCCUGCUGUCAGGGACAUGCUGCUUUAAGCUUCAUCACUGAGGUAAACUGCAUUCAAACAAUGCUAGAGCUGCACUGCCACCCGGGGGGCAAGCUUUGAGCUACAACAGCUUUCAAUCCAGCACAGACAAACUCUCAAGCUCCAUGACAAACAGUUAAUUAUUCCCAGCGUAGCAAAGUACGAGAUACUGACUGAAAGUGUGUGAGGGUGUCAACCCACAUGCACUGUGACCUCCAUGUGUUUUAAUUAAUUUUGUCCAUACUGUCUGUGAUAAGCACAUAGUCUCAAAUUCAACUCAAGGACUGUUAAUCAUGCUGAAGAUAAUAAACUCUAUAUUUAUCUAAA